AUGCUUCUAUGGUUCCGGGAAAACAAAAUUUAUCGUAAAAACUGUUUUUCCAGCGAGACGACAACGACGGUGAUCAAGGAGGAAGAGAAGGAAGAGCAGACAACCGGAGCUCCAGGAAAAGUUACCAUCAGUGAAGAACAUGAAACGAUUUACACCUACAACGAAUCGGAUAAGAUAGCACCCAGUAUUCCACAGUCGCCAAGUCAUCCAGUAAUUGAGGAGACGGUCACCGAGGAAAAGAUGCGGUCACCUGAGACUGAAGCUGCACAGAUUGUUCUCCAUUCGUGCCUGAAAACUCCGCAGUGUGCAAGGAAACACCAUACCUUCGCCCUGGGAGAAAAGAUUCCCGACACAUCAAGCGCGCUGAAAGCCAUUGAACCUAGCGAAACCCGAGGUAGAUCGGAGAUGAAGGAUUCACCUGAAGUACGGGAGCUCAGUCCCGCGACCCGGUUUCUGAUCAAUGUGAAAACCCCUGAAGCGCUAAGGAAGCACAAGGCAUUCUUUAUCGGUCAAAGUGAUCCCUCAGCUAAAAUGGCUGUCGAAGAGAGCUCGCAGCCUAGAAAGAAAAAGAACGUCAAAAUUGUCAAGCAGCGCUCAAUGCCGGAAAAGUCAUCAGUCUCUCCAGAGCGCUACGUUCUCACUGUGAAGACUCCUGAAGCCCUUCGACGACAUCAUACGUUCACCAUCAGGGAACGACCCAAGAGUCCAGACGUGCCGUACAUUGAAGAAGGCGAAAUCACCGAACCGAUUGCGACGGUUGGUCCAACAGCUGAAAAGGCGAAAAAGGAGAAAGAGAAGGAGGAAAAACGAGUGGGCGAAGGAAAAGCGGUCUCGAGCAAAUUAGCGAUGGCUCUCAGAACACCAUUCACGACGAGAAAGUACAAAACGUUUGCUGUGCAGGAGAAGCCCAAAGAAGGAAAGGUGCCAAAUUCCAAAAGCGCCGACGCUAUCGUUCAGACCAAAGUAGAAUCUACCGAACAAACGGCUCCUAUCACUACACCGCACGUCAAAAGAAAGCUGAAGACGACUGACGACGAUGCAAAAACUGAACAUCCGGAAAAGUUCAUUCUUACCUCAGCAACCACUCCAGCCACAAUGAGAAAAGCUCAUGCGUUUGUGAUCGAAGACAAGCCGCCAGCAGAAGAGCCUGUGAAAUCGCAGCGGAUCGGGGACACCGAGGCGAUUGCAGUGCUUGAGAAACAAGAAGAGCUCGCUGACGACGUGCCAUUGAAGACUUCAGAUAUGUACGUGCUGACAACAAUGACCCCUUUGCCCCAGAGGAAAGAGCCAGUCGAUUCACACUUAGAGCGAAUUGCUAGGGAAAGAACGAGGGCCACGUCACGCUCACCUGAGAAAGUCAGCCUGUUCAUAAUGAGGGGCAGAACAACGCCUCGCGUCUCGCAGCAGGGAUCAGAAGAGGAGGUAUCGCCAAGGUUCGCAGUGGUACCACCUCAACGAAACGAGCUGGAGCUGGACACCACAAGAAGAGAGCGAAGUCAGUCCGACCGAGCGGAGUUCAUUGAGAGGAAGAACAGCGAAACAUCGGACGAAAUGACCUCACCCGAGGAAGAGAUUCCCAUGGACACUCAUCUGACGCCAACUGAGGAGGUGCGUGACGACGCGCUUAUCAUCAGGCCGAUAAGACGUCCACCAGAGGUCACAUCGCCGAUUGCCGAAGAACCCGAAAUGUCCAUCAGUGGAACACCAGUCGUGGAAACGAAAUCGUCUCUCGUGGGGGCCCAACAAGAAACUAAAGCCCCUCAAGAACCUCCCGUCUUCAAACCGCCUAGCCCACCAAAGGAGACAUUCAGGACAAUCACUUUAUCGAAGUCAACAUCACCACUCAGAAGACGAGGAAGUCCCGAGAUCAUCAACGCGGCUACAAAAGAGGACAAAAAGAGGGCUGGACUAGGUUUCAGAUCAAAAUCUGAAGACCGAAAGGAGCGAAAGAGUGAGGAAAAAGAAAGGUUGAAAAAGGAGAAACGCGAAGAGAAGGAAAGGACGCCACGAAGCCCUAAAAUGCCGAUAACUGCCAGGUCGUUACGGUCAGCUGGUAAGAAGUUGGCACCGGCGUUCUUUCGACGAGCUGAAUCGAAAAUUCCUAAGCUACCAAAGCCCGUGCCAUCACCAUCGCCAAUGCCGACGUCGAAGACACGCAUGCAAUUGCCGCCGUUCAGGAACGGAAGAAAGGCGCCGCUGGCCGAGUUCGAGUCGUCCGUGGUCGAGGACUCGCCGGCGGUUGAGAACAACCCGUUGACGUUCGAAAAAUGGAGCAACAGUCCACGAAGCAAGAGGAGGCACUCGGCGCACAUAAACGGAUUUGCGGAGCCAAUUGCUGAGGAAAGCGAUGGGAACGGCAACGUCUGUCAAGCUCCCACUGCGCCUACCUCAUCCAGAACGGAAUGUGCGAUGUCUCCGGCCAUGACACGACAUGAACCAGCUCCAGGACUUAUCGACGAUGAAAUACUGGACCAGCCCAUGCUGGUUGGCGACACAUUUUCGCAUUCUGAGUCGUCUGAUUGUCUGUCAGCUGUGAGAAGAAUGGAAUUCGAAGCCGAAAAAGCCACUCUCAUCUCGAUCGACCGCUCGCUUGUCGACGACGAUUCGCUGCCACGACGGACCUACGACAAUGGCAAUGCACAGUCUGCCACAGCGACGUGA